UCGACAUCCACACCAACCAAUCAGAUCUCAGGUUGCCUUUUAAAACCGGCAAACUUGAAGUCAAAACAUAUCUGUUUGUAGCUUAUAACGAAAACAAACUAUUUAAGAAAGAAGUCGUCAUAUAACUAGUUGCUUGAGCGUCAGAGGCCAUGGAUGCUAUGGUUUACCUUGAUCAAGAAAAUGGCACACUCGCUGCUCCAUCCAUAAAAGCACGCCAGAGGCUUCAGUCUGCCCCUGAGCGUCUACUAAAAACUCCACUGAAGACCUGGCUUGGAGCGCCUAUGCAUUCAGGCCGCAAAGCUUUAGGAACAGUUAAUAAAAUUGUAUCCACACCAGCAACCUCUCAUAAAGGUGAUGGGCUGAAUAAGCCCCUUGCAGCCCAGCAAUGCAAAGUGGCUUCUCAGCCGGUUGGUGAGGACUAUCCAGAGAUUGAGAAGUGCUUCCCAUAUGACCCGAGUGACUUUGAAGUGUACUGUGUCCCAGAAGAAGUCUGCCUCAGCCGGUUUUCAUUGGCUGGUUUGGGAAAACAGCAGUGGCCUCCAAAUGUGCUUGAAGAGGAUUUUGCUAUGAUUGAACCAUGCUUGCCACUCUCUCCUCUCAAGAUGCCUUCAGAGCACUGCAGAGAUGACCUGGAAGCAUUCCUAGAAACCAUCAGUGAGCUGACUGUGUGUUUGCCACCAGAGUGUGACUCAUGAUGCUAAAUAUUACUAUUCAUACUUGUAUUUUAACUUUUGUAAUAAAGAUUUUUCUCUUUUUCUCCCAAAUACAUUGACUUUCAGGUAUCUUUUGUCUUUUCUAACUCAAAUGCAUCAGAUUAAGGUCACUGAGCAGAGUACAUGGUAAAAGAAACCCUAUUUUAAUUGGUUACCUACACUGGAUAUGAAAACACUACUGUUAAUGUCAGGCUUUUGAUUUUAAAAAAUCAUGUCUACUUUUUCCAUAGUCAGUGUGUUUUAAAUAUCCAAUUC